UUUUGAUGUUCCUCACACUCAUGCACCGGAACAGGAAAUCAUAAACCAAAAAUUUCAGUUCGUUUUGAAUUUCUAUACGCUCUACCGGUUUCGAUUAUAUCACCGGCGGGCCUUAUCUAACGUAAAUUAGCGCAAAGCCCAACGUUUUAUUGAUAACACCUUUCUUUUCCGUCAUCGAUAAUGGCUUUAUAAUGAAGCGUUUUGGCCCAUUAUUGGGGGAAUCCCCCAAACCGCACACUCUUGACUUGACCUGACCGGUUCUUGCCAAAUGUUAACAAAGUGAAGCAACGCUUCCUACUUAAAAAUGAAUUAGUUAUGAAUGUGAAUUGGCCAAUUUUACAAAACUGCGAAAAAGUAAAAACCGGAGCUGCACUUCUCAUCAAUUUCGUUCGAGUAAACAAACACAUUAGCACUUUCUCCCCAUAAUGAGGCCGUAGCACGUUCUAAAGACACAAAUUUUUCAAAAAAAGCACAAGUGGGAUUGUUUAAAGUUUGUAAAUUCGAAAUAAACAAAAGUGCAUUUUAAUUGCUCGCACAACUAUCAAUGCAUCAGGGACAGUUGAGUAAGUUGGCUCGAAUUACCAUUUGUUUUACAUAACAAGACAUACUAGUGCUUUUGGCCAUUUAAGUAAGAAACUUCCAAGAAUUAGCCUUACUUUAAGUGCUACAACACAUUUUAUGGUUUGUGUUUAUUACAGAAUUACCAUUUUAAUUUUGAAAUUACUCGCGCAGAUAAACAAAGAUAUAACGUGUUCCGUUUAAGAAAAAAAAAAUUCGCGGUGCCUUUGAGUUGUGCAAAGUCCUGGAUCCAGCUCUGCUUUGACUUUGAGAAGUCCCAAGAUAACACAGUUAAAAAAAAGAGCAGAUUAAGCAUUGUAUGCGGAAAUUUUCAAAUCGAGUCCAAGAGAUAACCAGUCGUCCAAUUGAAGUUUCUUCACAGCAAGUAAAUAAGUGUUAUCAGCAAUAUUGACAUGUAAUCAGCGCCAGUACAGAGCUAUGCGGCUCUGAUGCAGAAAUAGAAUUGACCAAAUCAGGGGAGACAUCAACAAUGACAGUCACGUUGUCGCCCCUCGAACACAACAGCGUAUGCAAAAUGCGCGUCAAGGCCCCCGCGACCCACGUGGUCUACGUCCAGUUCGUGGAGCCCACCCCCGAGGUGAAACGCGCCCUCAAACUCAACGCCACCACCAACCACCCCCCGUGCGUGAUGAGCUUCUUUCUGCCCGAAAACCCGCGCGUGCCAGUCUGGAAGGGCGAUCCGUGCUCGGAAAACGCCCUCACAGAAGUGGAUCUGCUCACCCCCGACUUCAAAAUCAUCUGGAACCCUCCCGCAAACCCCGCCUUCACCAAGGGAAGGAAGUUCGUCCUGACGGCGGUCGGCCAAGGCGCCGUGUGCAAGGAGGAGGGCCAGCACACCUGCAUGCGGAUAGGCUGGGACCCCAUGAUGUGCGUCGCGGACAACCUCCUCUGCAACGGCUUCCCCAACUGCCCCAAGAGCUCCACAACGAGCGACGAGGACGAGAAACUCUGCAAGAAGAGUUUCUUCGCCCCGACGUCGCUCGAGCAACUGGCCGUGGAGUUGUUCAAAAAGUGGAAGCCGCCAGAGUUGAGCAACAAAUGGCUGCAUGAGAAGCUAGACACCGCCUCGCCGACCCCGCCCCAGCGCAAGCCCUUCAUCAGCUGGAGGGAGUGGCAAGACGUGCGGAAACACGAAAGCACGACCGCGGCCCCGGAACAGACCACGCCCAAGAAGCCGCCCAAAGCCACAGACUCCAUCUCGCAGGUCUUGUCCAAGUACGGACCGUGGGGGUAUUUGAUGCUGGGGAUGCUGAUUUGUGGGACGGUUUUGAUGUUUUGUGGUUUGUGGGAGUGUUGUUUCAAGAAACCAAAGACUGAGAUUGAACCGCCGGUGACUCAGACUCAGCCCACUACAGUGCUGAUCAUCAACCAGGAGGAGGCGAGUCCGAGUCCGCCCAACUACGACGAGCUGGACCAGCCGCCUUCCUACACCACUCUCUUUCCGAAUUUUAAAGUGAUUCAGAACCCGGACGAUAGUGGGCAUAGCACGAACAAUUGCCAAGUGCAGGAGGACAGUACGAACUCUUGUAACGUGCAAGACAAUACGAACUGUAACGAUGAAAGUAAUAUGCAAAGUGUUGACGAAACCUAACGCCCCGCAAAGACUUUAGGAAUCUAUGUAUUGUGAUAAUUAAUUCUCGACUGACUGAGUUAUUUUUAAUGUUAACGCAACUGAACCCUUUUUUAAUAAACCUUGUAAAAAGUU